AUGUUGGCUUUGAAUUAUGUCAUCGGUUACCGACAUCUUAUUCGUAUAGUCAUUUUAAAUAAAACCUCAGUUAGUACGUUAUCAUACCAUAAUCUUUGUAAAAUGAAUAAAAAAUUAAAGCUUGAUGUCCUAACAACAUCAAGAUCUUUACGAUCUGGAAUUAAAGAUCAGAAAAAAGAUCAAAAUGAAGAUUCAGUGCCUUCAAAAUAUUUCGCCGAUGCAAACACAUCACCAAAGAAAACAGAGCGAAAAAAACGCACACCGGUAAAAAUAAAAUACGAGGAAACAGAAAAUACGCUUGACAUAAAAAAUAAUGAAAUAAAACUUGAAGAUUCAAAAGAUGAAACUAUGAAGGAAGAAAUAAAAGAAAUAGAACAGAAGUGGGUGCCAUCAAAUUGGGAAGCUAUUCUAGAAAAUGUUAAAGAAAUGAGAAAAUACAAAACAGCACCUGUGGACGAAAUGGGUUGUCAUAAAUGUGUAGAUACAAAAGCUCCUGCCAAAGUUGCUAGGUAUCAAGCAUUAGUUGUAUUGAUGCUUAGUAGUCAAACUAAAGAUCAAGUUACUCAUGCAGCUAUGCAAAGAUUAAAUACUUAUGGUUGUACUCCAGAAAUAAUAACAAAUACUCCUGAUGAUGCUCUUGGGAAGCUUAUAUAUCCAGUUGGAUUUUGGAAGAAAAAAGUAGAAUAUAUUAAAAAAUCAUCAGCAAUUUUAAUUAAUAAAUAUGAUGGUGAUAUUCCUAAAACACUAGAAGAGUUAUGUCAGUUACCAGGAGUGGGGCCAAAAAUGGGACAUCUAUGCAUGCAAAUAGCAUGGGGUAAAGUUUCUGGAAUUGGUGUAGAUAUACAUGUGCAUCGUAUUUGCAAUAGAUUGGGAUUUGUGAAGGAGCCAACAAAAACACCAGAUAAGACAAGAAUUGCAUUGGAAGAAUGGCUUCCAAAAACUCUUUGGAGUGAAAUAAACCAUUUACUUGUUGGAUUUGGACAAGAAAUUUGCUUACCAAGAUUUCCUAAAUGUAGCGAAUGCCUAAAUAAAGACAUAUGUCCAUUUAGUGCAAACAGUAAAACAAAGAAAAAAACAUAA